UCGUUCCCCGCACCACUUUAAUUUGUAUAUAUAUAUACAUAUUAUAGGUUCUGCUUUUUGAUCACUUCACAUCACAACUUACAAUCUUUCUCUUUCUCUUGUAGAAAAAAAACACAAUAAUUUGAUUGUUCUUCAAAAGGGAAGAUGUUGAGGUUGAUAACAGGAAGAAGAGGAGCAAGUGGAUUUGGAUCAGCUUCUACUGCUGAGGAGGUUACUCAAGGCAUUGAUGCUACCCCUUUCACUGUUAUUAUUACAGGAGGUGCAAGCGGCAUUGGAUUAGAGACAGCAAGGGUUUUAGCUCUGAGGAACGCCCAUGUCAUUAUUGCAGCAAGAAACAUGGAGACCGCAAAUGAAGCUAAACAGCACAUUUUGAACGAAAACAAAGCUGCACACAUUGAUAUUCUGAAACUCGACCUCAGCUCAUUGAAAUCGGUCAAGGCAUUUGCAGAUAACUUCCUUGCACUUAAUCUUCCUCUCAACAUCUUAAUAAACAAUGCAGGUAUCAUGUUCUGUCCAUUUCAGCUUUCUGAGGACGGAAUAGAGAUGCAGUUUGCCACCAAUCAUCUCGGUCAUUUCUACUUGACUAGCCUUUUUCUAGACAAAAUGAAGGAAACAGCUAAAGCUACUGGUAUUGAAGGUAGGAUUGUGAACUUGUCAUCAGUAGCUCACCUAGUUUGCCCUCGCAAAGGAAUUGAAUUCCACAAUAUCAACGACAAAAACAGUUAUCAGGACAAAGUGGCGUAUGGACAAUCCAAAUUAGCUAACUUACUACAUGCCAACGAGCUAUCACGCCGCUUGCAGGAAGAGGGAGCAAAUAUCACUGUAAAUUCAGUUCAUCCGGGUUUGAUAAUGACAAAUCUCAUGAGACAUUCAGCCUUCCUGAUGAGAAUCAUAAGGGUUUUCACUUGUUUACUCUGGAAGAAUGUCCCUCAGGGGGCAGCUACAACUUGUUAUGUCGCCCUGCAUCCAAGUUUGAAGGGAGUGACCGGAAAGUACUUUGUUGAUUGCAAUGAGUAUAAGCCAAGCAAGCUUGCAGAAGACGAAGUGUUAGCUCGGAAUCUUUGGGAUUUCAGCAACAAACUGAUCAAUGCAUCUCAAAAGAUUAUUGAUGAAUAGAACCCAGUACUUUGGAAAUCCUGCAAGUUAUUAUUGUACUGCAAUUUUACCUCCAUAUUGUGAAAUUUGUUUUAGAAGGUAGUAGGGUUAAGCUUGUUUGGUUCUGUUUCCAAUUUAUAGUCUCUUUGUUCGUGUUUCUUUAAGUUAGCUUUACUUAAUAUGUUUUAAUUGUAUUUAGAAGUUUAGGUUUUCGCGCCCUUUUUGGUUCUCAACCAUGUAAUGACUGUGAAAAUGUUUCUUAAAUCUUAGUUAAACCUUUCUACCUUAA